CACACACUCUUCAAUACACAUUCCAUAACCACCACAACAACAAUGGCCAAGCUCACCAUACUAGUAGCCCUCGCCCUUUUCCUCCUCGCUGCCCACGCAUCUGCGAGGCAGCAGUGGGAACUCCAAGGAGACAGAAGAUGCCAGAGCCAGCUCGAGAGGGCGAACCUGAGGCCCUGCGAGCAACAUCUCAUGCAGAAGAUCCAACGUGACGAGGAUUCAUAUGAACGGGACCCGUACAGCCCUAGUCAGGACCCGUACAGACAGGAUCCGUACAGCCCUAGUCCAUAUGAUCGGAGAGGCGCUGGAUCCUCUCAGCACCAAGAGAGGUGUUGCAAUGAGCUGAACGAGUUUGAGAACAACCAAAGGUGCAUGUGCGAGGCAUUGCAACAGAUCAUGGAGAACCAGAGCGAUAGGUUGCAGGGGAGGCAACAGGAGCAACAGUUCAAGAGGGAGCUCAGGAACUUGCCUCAACAGUGCGGCCUUAGGGCACCACAGCGUUGCGACUUGGACGUCGAAAGUGGCGGCAGAGACAGAUACUAAACACCUAUCUCAAAAAAGAAAAGAAAAGAAAAGAAAAUAGCUUAUAUAUAAGCUAUUAUCUAUGGUUAUGUUA